AUCGUCUGCUGAUCCAGAGUGAUGACGUUAUUACAGAAUUCCCAUUCAUUAUGAAUCUUUUGUAAUGAGUACCGUUCAGAUGUGUUUGGGGGAUCACCUUGUGAUGUCCAUCCUUGAAAGCACCAUGGUUCCUUGGCUAGUUAGUACAGACAUACUGGUCUUUAGCAGUGACAAACUAACAACUUAGAUCCAUACUACCGGUGCCUGUAUUUCAAAGAUGGGCAGAACAAGGCAUUCUCACAGCAUCAGAUGGACUAGGCUAUGUAUCAAUUUAACAGUAAUUCCGGCUGAAAAAUGAGAAAUGAUGUCAUUGGGCUACAUUCCUGAUGCAAAGAUUGAACCCUGCAUGUUGGAACUUUCAGAGAUUUAGCCACUGUGGCUUCCAAGCUAGACAGCUUUGAUGGCGUGUGUAUGAAUUCAAUUUCUGACUAUAACUUUUCUGCUCAAAAGGCAGAAAUAAUCGAUUAUCUUUUUACGGUCUUUUGAUUGAGACUUUGCUGGUAAAAACAGCUCGAACAAUUACCAAAGUUGUUCAGGGAGCUACAUCCUCUGUGCCUUUCUUGGGAUUGAAAAAUGCAGUAAAGGAAAAUGUUCUCAGAUGCGACACUUCCUGAUUCUAUUAAAUACUUGUUGGAGGUCACUACUAUGAAAGAAAAAUCAAAUGCGGGUAUUCAUCUAAGAGCAGGCUUGCCUUUCCCAAAGCAAAAUGUCUUCAACUCGGAGCUAAGUAACUUCGUAGCGCCAUUAUUGAAUGAAGACAAUCAUACAAGUUCUGGAGAUGUCCUACAAUCAGCUGAAAAUGGUAGUUCGGUAAAAGAUGGCAUAUCUCAGCAAUAUUCAAAACAUACUGACAAGAAUUGUUUAUCAGACAACAGCAUGUGUGCUGUAGACCAAAGCAGCUCUCAUUCAGUUCUGAACCACAAUACAUGUAUUGAUAACACUUUGGGAGCAUCAAGUUUUUCUGGUGAAUUUGGUGAUGUGCCGGCUGAUUUUGAUUUCUUUCAUUCCCCAAAGGACAAUGGGAAGAAGAUUAGAAAUUUGUUGCCACCUUGUAGGAUCUGUGGAGAUCAGGCAUCUGGUUUUCAUUAUGGAGCUAACACUUGUGAGGCAUGCAAGGGCUUUUUCAGACGCAGUUUAAAGAAGAACACCAUAAAGUAUAGUUGUUUAGGAAUUAACAAUUGUACCAUACAAAAAGGCAGAAGAAAUAACUGCACUAAGUGUCGAUAUAAGAAAUGCAUUGAGAUUGGGAUGUCAAAAGAAGCAAUCAAAACUGGACGUUACACACAUGAGAAAAGGACCAAAGACACGGUCGAGAUAAAGCUUCUACAGGGAGACAAUCUGCUCGCCAACUUGAGUUCUAAGCCACCAAAGAAAUCACAAAAAAUGGCGCCUAUUAGCACCAAAAGCUUUGAACUUCUGCAGACCAUCUACACUGCACACAAGCACGUGUUCAUACUUUGGCAUCAGAUGCUCGAUGAUGAUUUUUACCCGGAGACUAACCUUCAGUAUGCAGAAAAUUAUGAGAAGAAAAAGGCACAGGAGAAUGAGAAUGACAAAGUUAGGAAAAGUCCUAGCAAGACAGACACAGAUAGCUUAUACAAAAGUGAGCACUCUGAAGUGGGGGAAGAGGUCAAAUGUCACGAUGGCCGGUCAAAGUUGAACAGGGACCUGUUACGUUCGCUGGUUAUGAAUCACAUCGAGACGGCUAUAUACGCGUUUGUGAAGUUUGCCAAGAUGCUACCGGGUUUUACGGGACUCUCAUUAAACGAUCAGGCCUGCCUUGUGAAAAAUGCCCGUUUUGACGUUUGGAUGCUAGGGGCAUACAGGUUCAUAGAUCCAGUACAUAAUGUGGCAACUGGUCCAAUUGGUAAAACGUUUCAUCGAGAAGAACUGGGUGACUUAAUAGACACUGAUUUCAUACAAGCCCUUUUUGACUUCUCUGCACUUUUACUGAGUCUGGAUAUCAGCAGAGAAGAGGUGGCAUUGCUACAAGCCAUAUCCUUGACCUUUUCAGACCGUGGCCAUCUGGAGCAGAAGGACAAGGUAGAAAGCGUCCAGAUGACAUUUGUGACAUGCCUGCGCGAAGUCAGCACAAGCGCAAAGUUUAUCAGGCUCAUGGAUGCUCUCGUUCGUUUAAGAGACCUUACCGAGUUGAAUAAAAAAAUAUCAGGUGCUAUUUUCCUGGAAUGGCCUAGCACCAGGGAGUCACCCUUACUCCUGGAGGUUAUGACCAUGUAGACAUGUGAGCCUGGCUUUGGGAACAUUGGGCUGAAAUGCUUGUAGCCUGUGCAGUCUGCACAGACUUAUCAGUGACAAUACUUUCUGCAUAGACUUGGUUUUCAUUUGAAAGUUACUUAAUUUUAACACAAAUUAUAUGAAAGUGUAGAUUAUUGUCCCUUUGUUACCUGUGCAAUCUGCAGGCUAUUUUGAGAUGGCACUUUACAAACACGCAUUAAGCUCCUUUAUCCCAGAGCUCGGCUUAGGUGUAUGAAUGCCUUGAAUUGUGUAAUGACAAGGAGAAUAUUUUUUGCAAGAGGGAAUAUAAAGUGUGUGAAUUUUUCCUCCUUUGAAAAGAUUACCUCUAUUCAAUGCCAUUUUUGUUUGAAAACAAGGUAUUGUUUACUGUAGUUGUUUUUAAAACAGUGUUUUGUUUUGGUUAGUGCUUGAGCAAGCAAGGUUAUUCUCCAAGGUGUUGUGUUUAAAAAUCUAAUCCCCAUUCAAUUGUUUGUAUUGCUUAUAUCGGCUAGGUCAAGGUGUCAAUGCGAAUGAAAUUAUUUAUUUUAUGCUUUCCGGUGGUUUAUAGAGAAAUAUCAGUGACUUAAAAGUGAUAAUUUUAAUGUUUCAAACAUUGAAAAUUAACAGUGAAAAUUAUUGAUAAUUGGCUUUCUAAAAAAAAUUCCAACAGCGAAACCUAAGUCUUGGUCAGAUCAGGACUGUUAAUAAAUCUCUAUCAUAAACUACUGAUGCAUGCUCAAACUACCGGGUAUUUGAGAUUGGGUUAAGCAAUGCCAAGUUAUUAAUAUUUAAAGAUUUUAUCUUCAAAAAGUGAUAAAGUGACAAAUCUUUUUAUGUGUAAUGGUUUUUUUUAAUGUUGGAACAUAUUUUAAGCAUGGCUUGGCAUGUUAUUUACAAGUUAUGUUUUGAAUAAUGAAAGUUCAGUGUAGUUAUUCGAGUCAGUAUUUUGUUUUUCGUUGCCAUUUUGCUAUUUUUUAUAAAAUAUAUUUUAUAACAUUCCGUCAUUCUGCAUGUUAUUUUGUAUGUAUUAAAUGCAAAGUUGAUGUUAUAUUUAUGCCCCUAAAAGAGGGCAUAUUGUGAUCGCACCGUCCGUCUGUCUGUCCGUCAGUCACACUUUGUGUUUAGAUUUCGAACAAAUUUCAUAACUUUUAUGUCGCUUCAGAUGUAACCUUCAAAUCUGGUAUACGUGUGUAUAUGGACAAGGCCUUUCCAUACGCACACAAAUUUCGACCCCUUUUCCUUGACCUUGAACUUAGGGUCCGCGCUUAGGUUUCGAAAUCUACGUUUAGGUUUCGAAAAAUGCUCAUAACUUCUAUGUAGCUUCAGUUGUUACCUUCAUAUUUGGUAUGCAUGUAUAUAUGGACAGGGCCUUUCCAAACGCACACAAAUUUUGACCCCUUUGAUGUUGACCUUGAACUAAAGGUCUGCGUUUAAUUUUCGAAAUCUGCAUUAAGGUUUUGAAAAAUGCUCAUAACUUCUAUCAAAGCAUUUUUUGGGGGCAUAUGUCAUCCUAUGGAGACAGCUCUUGCUUUUCAUUACUUUUUCCAAGCUGACAGUUAUUUCAGAGACUUGGAGAUAAUUUUUAUAUUUUAAAAUGUUAUGUUUUAAUAUAUUAAACUGUUUACCUAGAAGAAAA